AUGGUGAACAUUACAGAAAAGAUCAAGGAGAUCGAGGAGGAGAUGAGAAAAACACAAAAAACCGAGACUAACAAAUGGUCAGAAUACCAUUUGGGUCUGUUGAAAGGAAAGCUUGCACGUCUCCGAGCGCAGCUGCUAGAACCAGGUCCCGGAGCCGGCGGCGGCGGCGGCUCAGGCUUCGACGUGAGCAAAAGUGGUGACGCCCGAAUAUCCCUUGUCGGCUUUCCCUCAGUAGGAAAGUCCACGUUCCUCUCCAAAGUCACAAAGACGAAAUCCGAAGUAGCCUCAUACGCAUUCACAACCCUCACGGCCAUUCCCGGAGUGCUGGAGUACGGUGGUGCCGAGAUCCAGCUGCUCGAUCUACCCGGUAUCAUCGAGGGCGCUUCCGAGGGCAAGGGCCGAGGCCGACAGGUCAUCUCGGCCGCCAAGACGAGCGACCUGAUUCUCAUGGUGCUGGACGCCACAAAACGGGCCGAGCAGAGAGCGCUGCUGGAGGCCGAGUUGGAAGCCGUCGGCAUCCGGCUGAACCGCGAGCCCCCUAACAUCUACCUCAAGGUCAAAACGGCCGGCGGCAUGAAAAUCACCUUCCAAUCGCCCCCCAAGCGAAUUGACGAGAAGAUGGUCUACAACAUCCUCCGCGACUACAAGAUCCUCAACUGCGAGGUGCUCAUCCGCGACGAGGACGUCACCGUCGACGACCUCAUCGACGUCAUCAUGAAGGACCACCGCAAGUACAUCAAGUGCCUGUACGUCUACAACAAGAUCGACAGCGUCUCGCUCGACUUCCUCGACAAGCUCGCGCGCGAGGACCACACCGUCGUCAUGAGCUGCGAGCUCGACCUCGGCAUCCAGGACGUCGUCGACCGGUGCUGGAAGGAGCUCAACCUCAUGCGCAUCUACACCAAGCGCAAGGGCGCCGACCCGGACUUUAGCGAGGCGCUCAUUGUGCGCAACAACAGCACCAUUGAGGAUGUGUGCGACAGGAUCCACCGCACGCUCAAGGACACGUUCAAGUAUGCGCUCGUCUGGGGCGCCAGCGCGAGACACAUUCCUCAGAGGGUGGGCUUGGGGCAUGUGGUUGCUGAUGAGGAUGUUGUGUAUAUUGUUACGGCAUGGAAGGCGUAG